AUGCUAUCAAUCGCGACGAAAAAACGGCUUGUCACUCAUUCACUCAGCAAUGCCAUCCGAGCGGACCAGCAGCGAAUCCGCUCGACUGCGAUCGACGAAAAAGUGAGUUGGCGUGGGGCGCCGGCUGCCCUUUCGACGCUGCGUCUCGCCUCUCGUCGCGCGCGCCCGACGCUCUGAGCGUUCUUUGCUCGUCCUCCUCCUCUUCAGCCGCCACUCGCUCUCACAACCGCCCCGUCGACGUUUCUUGCCUCGCUCUCCGUCCGUCGCCCGUGGACCUCCUUCCCUCCUCUUUGCCAAACCUCUUACUACCUACCUGUUCCGUGAAGUGAGCAACAGCAGCUUCGGUAGUGCACCUGUCUCUUUCCCCUUCGUGGGGCGCCCACGGUCAGCGGUCUGGCCCUAAAUGCACUUUACCCCUCUCUCGUUUUGUUUGUCCACACAUUUCACUCACCCCUAGUACGGAACUGCAGAAAAUUUUAGGCCGCCGACCAAAAAAAAAGCAUGAAGCGGCGGCAGUAGCUCUUCCGGGAAGGGCCCCCUACGCCAUCUUGUCUAUUCUCCUCCCUCUUCUUCAUUCAACGACCUUCGUCGCUUUUGGUUUUUCGUUUUUCGGCCGCCGCCGAGACACGUCGCACGUCAUUCACAUUCGUACGCAUUAAUGUAUUUAUAUUGCAGACAGACUACAACGAACAAACUAUGGAUGAGCACGAUCCGGGCAUGGAAAUGAUGCUGUCAGCGAUGGUAUCGCCACUCGACGACGAUCUUCCGUGGCCGUUUCAGGAGCGAAUCGUCAAGGAAGAUGGUCAGCGGCGCUUCGCCGUCGUAUUCCUCUCCAACAUGCUCGCUUUCAGACACUCUCGAUUCAGCAGCACAGAGUCCUUCCUCCAGUCUUUUCGAUGAUUUCGACGACUCCUCGAGCUCAUCGUUCCCCUCCUCACUUUCGUCGCCGUCGUUCACGUCUUCCGAUUCUGGAAGUGAGUCGGCUCAAAGCUCCACACGUUUUGUGUACAGUUCGUCCUCUCUUACAGCGAAUUCGCUGUCCUCCUUCGACAUGAUGAUGAACAUGUUCCCUGAUCCGAUGAGUCCGACCAUCAGCGAGGAACGGUUUGCACCGCCGCCGCCGGUUCCAGUGCGGAAAAACGUUGUCGGUAAGGCAGUCGGAAACAAGUUUUUGACAAUUUUCAGAAUAUUUCAGUACGAAGACGUCCGCGCGAGUGCUCUAUGGUCUGUUGGCUAUUCAGGACUUUGCUGACAUCAGAGUAUCGUGCGCUGCCGGUCAAUGCGAUCUACGAAAUCUUCGAAGAGACGGUUAGCACCUUGUUCUCUACCUUUUUACCUAUUCUCUUCUGUUUCAGAUGCAGCAAACGACGGCUGGAAGCGGGCGCCACUACCGCCAGUCCAUCCGUCAUUGCCUGAUGACUUCGGCAGUUUUCGUGCGCGUUCUUACCCCGAAUGUGAGCUUUUACUCUUUUCUUCUCCGCCGAGCUCAUAUCAUAUUCCCCCUGCAGUGUAAACCUGAGUUGCAGGCGCGUCAACUUUCGAAAAUCUAGCUGAUAAAAACUGUAACGCCGCGAAAGUGUUUGCAACAUUACCGAACGAAAGCUCAGUUUCCAGCAAACAAAAAGGAAACGAAGCGAAACGUGAAACGCGUAAAUACUAUGUAUUUAUCGAGUUUCGAGUAAUCUUUGCACCAACCGUCGCAUCUGUUGUUUCGGAGCCGAGCAGCAGCCCGAAAGCUCUUCCCCUCCCGUCGUCGCUCGCGCUGAUUUUUUGAGACGAGAGCAAAUAGGCAGCACUCGGAAGGGCGGAAAGGGAGCAGUCCCUGUACACGUACUGUGCUCGCAAUUCCUCCAAAUUAUGUAAAUGCGAGCGCGAAUGUCAAACAGAUUUGAAGCGCCGGGAGGGGGAUCAUCAGCAUCAACCUACAACACAGAGUGUAGUCCGAAAGGAUGUUUCUCUGAUGGCGAAGAUGAUUGGCGAGGUGCGGUAAUCGAAUAUUAGUGCGCUGCGGGUGUAUGCAAGUGUGUAUAAAUACAUAUCGAUGAUUGCCUCUCCUCUCGCGGGACCAUUGAACAAAUCGAAGAGUUCUUUGAGGUCCGAAGCGAUUCUUCGAAAUAAUAAAAACAUGAAAGUUCACACACAUGCGCCAUCGCAUCGCAAAUCCUCGUGAUUUUCACAAGACUUUGCCCGAAGCUGCGGCUGUUUUCCGAGUAAAUGCAUCACAUCGAAAAUCUUUCAGCCCCGCAAGGAUUUCCUGGUGAUGAACGAGCAAGGCUCCUGGUGGACUGUGCACCCGGACUGCGAGUCCGCGUGCGCCGAGCACGUCUUCAGAAGCGGCGCCGCUCACCGCUGCCCUCCACUCGCUUCCAUUCCGGCCUACUACUCGAGGUUCGUCGCCAAAUUGAUCUAUAAUUCAUUGGAAUGCGAACAAGAAGAAAAACCGAGACAUGUUGCCCUUCGAUCUCUUAUCAGUGUGUAAUCGCUCCGAGGCUCUCUAUCUAUCCCUUCCCCCGUAUUUCUCGGGAACACUGAAACACUUUUCCAGAGAUCUUUUUUCUUUUUGUCUCCCCGGGGAAUUGUUGGCAACUCUGUGCGUUUGUGUGUAAGAUAAGGCGUUUUUUCUGUCUCUCGUGUCGCGCUCAACGGGUGCUCAUCGUUCCUACGAUAGAUUGCAACCAAAUAUUUGUGCCUUCCGUCAAACCGCCGCGAUAACUCUUCGACCUGGUGAGAGAGGAGAGAGAUAGAGAGAGAUAGAGAUAGAGAGAGAGAGAGAGAGAGUGAGAGAGAAUCCUUGAUUCUUACAACACGCACUCGGAGGCAGUUGAUAUCAUAAGAAAAGCGAUGAGUGACGAGAAGAGCAGAAUGCGCUCGGGGCUGGUGGUGUAAAAAAUGUUUUUGCGUUUAGUUAUCGCAAUUGAUGAUAUCGGAGAGAUGCGGAAGUUAUCGAGAAACAUGCCAAGCUUUCAGAGUUCGAAUGGAAGAAGCCAAGGCUGCCGCGGCUCCAGCAGCGACGGGACCAAUCCGCGCCACGUACGGAUACUCGUCUGCUUCGUCUUCUGAAUGCUCAUCGACGUCGUCGUCGUCCGCCUCGUCGCCGGCGCCGUCGAUCAGUGUACGGAGAUUCGAUCCGAUCCGCAAAGUGACGUACGGAACGAUGGGAGCACCCAGAGUCACUUAUAAGAAGUUUGCCACUGGGUACGUGUCAAAAACGUGGCAAACUGCAAAAAGACUCUUUCUUUAGAUAUCCACAAAAGAUGAUGACACCCGGGACGAGUGCGCCGCCAACGCUUGUGAAUCCGCGUUCGAUUCUGCUCAACGAUAUCGCCGUCGAUCACGAAGAAGUCGUCUAG